AUGCAAUGUUGGCUUUGCGAGAAGGUACCAAUCUGUCCUUGCGCGGAGAUCAAUCAUACAAAGGCUAAUGGGAACAGCGACCUCCUCACGCGGCAUAUUCGUUUAUCUCAUGAGAACACGAACAAUGAAACUUCAACUACUGAUAAUAAACGCGAGAAACUGCCAGUAUCGGGCAACAGAUCGUCAAUUCCCGUCGGUGGUAUCUCAUUGCAAGACUUAUUGAUUGAGCCGAGUGACUCAGCCUCCCACCCCAAUAUUCCAUCAUCGGGAGUAAAUCUUGCCUCCAGCGCAGACACAUCCGACCUGAACAACAAUGAAAUCCCAUUCGAUGUAUCAAAUGACCUUUCUCUAACCUCUACCUUGAGUAUGCCUUGGAUUCAAUCCACAAAUAAUAACUUUAGCGACUUUGCUAUGUUUAUCGAUAAUAUGACUGCAUUGGACGGGCAGUAUCCGUCUUUUUUUAUCGAUCAACCCAUCUUGGACUUCUCACCUGCGCCGCUUUUUGCCUCACAUGAAGCCCAUUCGGACUCCUAUGGACCAUCACGCCAGUCCCCAAAAGAGCCCCCACCAAGCAACUUAGCUGCCAGGGCGCCUAACUCAACACCACAUUUAUUUGAUGAAUUUGGGUCAUCUUUCCCUUCUUUUGAAUCAACCUUCCCUCCGAAAUCAAGAAAAGAGCCAUUCAAAGUGACUCAACAAGAUUUAGAGUCUCUAUCUCUCGAGAUACAGAAAUAUGCUUCAGUUUUGCCUUCCAAUUUCGUCCUUCCUUCGCGCCAUACCCUGACCCGUUAUAUUUUUACUUAUUUUUCGGGAUUUCAUCGUCACCUGCCUAUGGUGCAUGUUCCAACAUUUUGGCCAACCAAAUAUCCGGUAGAGUUGAUUCUUGCUAUGAGUACAAUCGGUGCUCUGUCAGCUUUCGAUAAUGACAACACAAUCAUGUUUUUCAGGGCUUCGCUCGGGAUAGCGCAAGAAAGACUUCGGAAACGACAACUUGAUAAGUGCGAGAAGCUCUAUUCCCCUCGCAUAGAAUCACCAGUUAUCAUCCAAUGUAGUGAGGGGGUUAUUGCCCCCAAGGAUAGGCAGUUCGAUCCAUUGCCACUCGCACAAACUCUGCUUAUUCUUCUCGCAAUGGCAACAUGGGGUAAUUCGAAAGACAUUUACAACGAAUCAAUUGCAAUUCAAAACACUCUAGCGAACUACAUGCGCAAUGAAAAGCUUCUUCGUCCUCGGCUACCUUUGGGAGAUGAUUGGUCCUCGUGGAUCCAAGCAGAAGGAUUCAGGAGAACUAUUACUAUUAUCUUCUGCUUCUUUGUAUUCCACACCAUCGUCUAUGACAUUCCUCCACCUAUUCUCAAUUCGGAGCUUAUCGUCGAUCUACCCUCGCAAGAGGUGAUUUGGGAAGCUCAAAGUGAGACCGAGUGGCAAGAAGCUCGAAAAAAGCAUACACAGAGCUCAAAUUUCCAAACACACUUCUCUCAUCUUUUUGAAAAUUUAUCAGGAGCGAGGCCAAUGGAAUUCUCUCAACUUGGAGGCUACAUUCUUAUAUUAGCCCUUAUACAGCAUAUUUAUCUUUUACGCGAAACAAGCCGGCAUCAUAGCGAUGUACGAGGCCUCGCACCAGCAGAUGUGUCCAACGUGGAACAAGCAUUGAAAAACUGGCAGAGUGCAUGGUCCCUAGACCCAGAAUCAUAUCUAGGCCCAGGCUCAUCCCUUGGCCCAAUAUCAUUUAACGCAUCCGCCUUACUUCGCAUGGCAUACAUGAGACUAAACGUUGAUCUCGGCCCCUGCCGCGCCUUAAACACACACGACCCAGAAGAAAUAGCGUUGUCCAUGCAUCAAAGUCCGCCUCUAGCCCCGAGUCGGAAAUUAUCCCGUGCAGUACUAUACUCUGCUCACGCUCUAAGCAUCCCUGUCAAAAUAGGUGUGAAUAUCGCAGCACGCAGUCAAGCUUUUGCCUGGUCUCUCCAACAUUCUCUUUGUGCCCUUGAAUGCGCAUUUGUGAUCAGCAAGUGGCUGAUUGGUAUACAGCCUCGCAUCACCGAGGGGAGUCUUGACGAGGAGGAAGCUAGACUUCUCGCGUAUAUAGCUGAUAUGGUUGCUGAAGCGGAUCCAGCAGGCGAGGUAGAGACCGAUCGGUCUCAUUUGUGUACACGGGUUAUCAAAGUUUGGGCGAAGAUUUUCAGCGGAGACGCACACUGGGAGGUUGUGAGAUUCAUAAUCCGGGUUUUGAGUGCAUACGGUGAUAUUCUCGAAAAGGCUCUGGCCGUCUGA